AAUCACCCGGGGAACGUGAAGAGGAAAAUUAUGUUCCUCUCAAAACUCCAGAGAAAUGAUUUUCGCCAGUCUAUUUGACAUCCAGGUCACAUAAUGGACAAAAUCAGUCAAAACUUCUGUCAAGAUAUGAUGACAGGAGCUGAAUCUAUGCACCAAAGAACUGGAGCUGUGAACUUAGAUGACCAAAUGCUAGCCAUACAGCAGACUAUUCAGAGGUGUGAUCCACUUCCAGAGUUAAAAGAGAUGCUGAAUGCUAUUGGCAGUAACAAUAAACAGGUUGUCACUCAGUGGAUGGGUGCAGAUGGCUUGGAUUGCAUGCACCAUGCAAUUUUGGCUGGUAACACAGAAGCUGUCAUGUACUUUCACUUGCAUGGAUAUUUUUCUACUCCUCAUAAACCCAGAUGUAAUGACUACCUCCAGUUAGCCUGUUACACUGGUCAUACUGCCAUUGUUGGGUUUCUUACAGAGGAAAGUCAAACAAAUGAUCUUCUAAUGGGUCACCUGUGCUAUCCGAAUUUAUGUACAUGUGAGUAUAAUUCUAAGCCCCCAAUAUAUGAAAGGACAGCAUGUAUGCUUACACCUCUGGAUGCAGCAGCAAAGGGAGAUCAGCUGAGAUGUGUACAGCUGCUGCUUUUGUCCAAGUUUGUAAGAUCCAGGAGUAGAAGUUUGAUUGAACGUGCAUGCAUUAUAGGAUCAAGUGAAGCCCUGGAGUUGAUUCUGAGAAAACACCCAGACAUCAGCUCGGAGGAGAAGCAAGGGGCAGUUGAAGAAGCCAUCAAGAGAAGGCAGGCUAAAUGUUUGGAGAUUCUGUUUUAUUACGGUGCUAAUAUACAGGGUUUAUUUCAUGGUGCACAUCCUCUGACUGUUCUGUUUAGUGCAUCUGAUGGUUACUUGCCUUAUAGCCAGAGAAACAAACACUUGUUAGAAGUGACUAAAGUUUUGUUGGAUAAUGGAGUAACCUGUAGUUCUGCUUUAGUGAAGAACACUGAUUACACAACAAGUCCCAUUGCAACACUUAUCUACCAGGCCAUGUUAAAAAUAUGGCAGUUCAAUGAAUAUUCUGAGGAACACUUCAAGUGCUUAGAGCUGAUACUUCAUUACAAAUUUAUUAUGGAAUCUCCUGAAUUUUGUGAAAUUUUGAAGAAUCUGUUUGGAUACUGUCCUCCAGAACAUUUCAAGGUGUAUUCUGAGACAGUCAUCCAGUACUUGUCCUUGUUGCUCAAUGGACAUGUAGACCAGCUGUUAGUCGUUAAUCACUUUCAUCUCUUGCUAAGACUUAUGACAUGUGUAAGUGGAUUAACUGGUGACAGAAAUGUAACAGAAAAUACAGUUGAUUUCUUUCAGAGAUUAAUUCUCCUUUUUAUAAGGAAUGGUGCUGAUCCAGAUUUAGGGUUCAAAAUCCAGGUCAACGAUGAAGAAAAAUGGACUGUUGAUGCUGAAGCAAGGGUUGUGGGUGAGGUUGGUGAGACAGUGAUCAGUGAUGUGGUUGGUGACGCAGUAGUCAGUGAUGAGGUUGGUGAGACAGUGGUCAGUGGUGUAGCUGGUGAGACAGUAGUCAGUGAUGUGGUAAGUGAGACAGUGGCUGGGCAGGUAGUGACUGAGAUUGUGUAUGGCAAGGCAGAUAGUAAGAAGGUGACCUUGGAUGAAAUCCCAAUGUUAUGGUUUCCUGUGAAUGAAUACAUUGCAUCCAUAGACUCUAAUCUAAGAAUUUCUUUGACCAGAUAUACUGAUGAACCAAAAUGUGUGCAUAUUAUAUUGGACCAGUUCUUGAAACCAGUGGCAUUACUGGCAGCAUUCAUGAAGAGAGAAAGUUUUAAAGUGGCACAGGCUGCUUUAGAAAAUCCAGUUCCUUCCCUGCUUAAAGUAAGGCAUAAGAUUGAUCCACAUAUGAUCCAUAUAUCUGGAGAAGGAGUAGAAGAUACAGAACACUGUGAUCUGCAGAGUCAAACUCAUUUGUUUCAGCUGAUGCCAGCAAGAUACCAAAGCCUGGUCCACACUUGCAGGCUUUGUAUAUGGACAGCAAUAGGAAGGAAGUACAGCAGUAUUGAAAGGUUACCUAUAGCACCUGGUCUGAAAAAGUGUUUGAAGGAAAUGUUUCAUGUUCAGGAGAAAAAAUUGUGCGAAUUCUGAUAAUGUGACCACUGGAAAGUAAUUCUUAGCCAAAACUCCAACAACUUAAUUUGAUAUUGAAACUGGAGUGUUAAGUAUGUAUGCUGAUGGGCAAGUACUGUAUUAAAUUGGAGUCUAAAAAAAAAACAAAGUGCCAAUAUUUAAUCUAAUUUUAUAUCUAUUAGAAUGUUAUCUAUGACAGAAAAAAUGGCUGCAUGGUUGCCCAAGUCCACUAUAAUUGGUCUUGCAUGACUUUUUCCUCUUAUACUUAGAUAUUUAUUUAAAAUAUAAUUGUUACAUCAAGGAUUUAUGAGA